AUGCAGAACGACUUGCACGGCGGCCCCGUCGAAGACCCCAACCUGGUGCGGUACAAAACCACCAGCAUCAAGCGCACAAAUGACUUCCUCAAGAGUGCUCGUAUAUCGCCACAAACCGCACGUCCCAUCGAGACCGCCGACGAGCACGUUUACUCCACGCUUUUGAAUGAAGACGAGCCCAGCCCCCGCAAGUCUUUCGCGUCGAACACCUUCGACGACGACAGUUCGCUAAGUCAAGGCAUCCGCGAGUAUGUCGCCAGCAAGAUCGCCGAAGCGCUGGCCGAGCACAACCGGGAGCGUCAAGACGACGCCGAUGCUACGGUCAACAACAUAGGCCCGCUGAACCUCAUCCUCAAGAUCGACGCGGCCGGCCUCGCCAAAACGAAUAUCUCUAAGCGGUUGACUGUGGACGAAGGAAAGAUCGGCGACUUCCCGGAGCGCCUCACCAUCGGUCCCUUCGAGAUCUCGAAUGCGCAACUAGAACGGGACAUUCAGUUCGGUGUCAUGGCCAUGUACGCGAUUACCUUCCUCAGCGCAUCUCUUCUAGGGCCGAAGACUCUGCUUCUUGCUCUCUGGAAAUCGGCGAUCUUUAUGGGGGUCUACGCCGCUCUGUUGCGUCAACUGUGCUGGACUGAGAAAGUCGAGCGCGACGUGCUGCUGGCGCCUGUGUGCUUCGUUGUCAGUGUGGCUACAGGGAUGGGCGAGCAGCUACUUGCUCAGUUGGGCAUGAUGAUGGUUGCAGUACUCGCUGAGGCUGUCGAACGCGCCGCUCAAAGCUGCGAUGUGCAAAUCCAUGCUGACUAG